AUGUCUACCGAAACGUCUCCCCGUGCUGUGCGAUUUUUUCAUGGCGAAGCCGACGGCGUUCCAGACAAGCUCAAGCAUCCGCGCCUCAACGCGAUCCCCACCGAUUCCGACGCUGAGGCUUCGGGCUCUGGCUCCGGCUCCGGCUCGUCUGUUUAUUCCGUGCCCGACCCCGCCGAUCUCGAGCGCGACGACGAGGUAGCUGCCCUGGGGCCCUACAGAGAUGAUGCGCUUUCUGCCUCGAUGGUGUCGUUGGCGCCCAACUCGGUUGCCAACAACCCCAGCCGCCAGCGAGCCUCGGGUGCCGAUGCUUCAACGACGAGUCCUACCACCAAUGGCGUCAGUACUCGACCUAUCCAACGUCCACACGUUGCCCGCACUCCUUCCAACACAUAUGCCCCGCAACGAGUGCCACAACCAAGCUUCAUUUCCACCCGAUCUGCUUCCCGUCGCCGUGACCCUGUCGACAAGUUCCGUGACCAAGAGCCCGCAUAUCUGCGCAUGAUGCGCCAGGAGCCGCCACCGAGCAGUUACUUCGAUCCGCAGACGCCCAGUGUUGACUACUCGGAUGAAGAGUCGGAGGGAGAGACCCCUUCGUCUGAGGGUGUCUUUGAGAAUCAAUUCAAUGACGAGACCAUCAUGUUCCAAAGUCUGAUAGACGAUACCCAGCCCACGGAAGAUGACUUGAGAAAUCCUGCCAAUCGCGAGCGGCUGGAAUGGCAUGGAAUGCUAGCUGCAGUAUUGACAGGAGAUGUUGUGAAGCAAGAGAAGCGACGAUUAUUGGGUUCUUCCGAAUUCCAAACCGCCAAGACUGCCCACAAGGCUGAUUUGUGGUUUGGUGUCAGAUCACAGGCAACUGGCCGGUCCUACACUAUUCAACGAAAAAUGAUUGAGGAUGCCCGGGCUAAUCUCAACCGACUUAUCGAUGAAAUUACCCGCUUCGAAGUUCAAGGCGAAACUGAAGCAGGCAAACCUGCCAUUGAACAGAUUGCAGACACUGUGAAGAAGAUUGAGAAAUGCGAGAGUCUAUAUCCAUCCUGGAAGGCUUUGGGAGAAAAGCAUCCUGCCGCUUCGUCUGCAGCCUUCCAGGAAGCUUGCGAUGCUGUUCUAUCAUGGCACAAUACGAACACGAUGAUUAACACUGAGCUUUCUAUCCUGAAAAAAUGGGUGGGUAACGAUGAGCUGGAUUUUCACAAGAAAACCGUGCAAUCCCCCAGCACGAAUAGCCUCAAUAACGAGACAUCGUUCUUAGACCGGCUGUUGAAGGAAGAUGGUCUGACAUCACUCCACGACGAUAGUGAUGAGGACACCAAGCAGGAACUUGCCAAGAAAACGAAAACCUUGAUAAGGAGGAGCAUGCUUUCGCCCAUUUCGAACAUUAUAAAGAAAGCCAAAGCGACCCUGAUCAUGAACUCAGCGGCCUUCCACAAGCGACAUCUACCACCAUAUAUCGAAGAAAUUCUUACUUUGAUCAGUUUUCCCUCUCGACUGAUCGAAGAAGUCAUAAGCAUGAGGCUCGUCUAUGCGCGCAAGAUGAGAGAGACGACACAGCAGACGCCCAUUCUUCAGGAUCAAAUGCUCUCACAAUUUGAGUUGCUUUUGAAAUUGGCAAUUCGCAUCAAGCAAGAGACCCUCGCGAUUUCGCAACCUGAGGCUGGGUGGCAGUUACCUCCGUGUAUCGACGAGUCGUUCGAUCAAGUUGUGUUGGACGCUUUGAAGUACUACUUCAAGCUGCUGAACUGGAAGUUGAGUAGAAACAAGAAUACCUUCAAAGAGGCCGAGAUCCUGUCUCAAGAGUGGGAGUUCGCGAAUGAGAUCGGCCAGUACCUCCAGGGAGGUGACGUUGAAGUUGCUGAGCAAUUCAGUAAUCUCACGUACAAAGUACUCAGCCGGCUGAGCCAGACAUUCGAGCGUGAGCUUCAAAGAAAGCCCAAAGAGAGCACGGAUGACAUGAGCAAGAGAUACAUGCAAAUGCUAGACUCCGUUCGUGUCCGACAAAGAAUGUUACAACGAUUUUCAAGACUACUGAGCGACCAUUAUGAGAAUGUAUCAGAUUUGAGUAUUUCUUUGGAUGCUGAAGACAUGCAGUACUUCUAUGAACGUCUUUCCGUCACAGGCCAUUUUCUUGUCGAUGAGUUUGAUGGCAUACAGAUCGUUGCCUCGCCCACCCUCAUCGAUCAACCCGAGAAAAUUCGAUCUAUUUUGCGGACCUGCUUACAUGGACAGACGCCGGAAGAUCCAGACGAUCCCUAUGUAUUAAUCCUUCGCCCCGAAAAUUAUCUUGGAUGGUACGGCAACCGAAGUAUUCAAUCACUCAACCUCGACUCAACCGACCUGAAGCUUGGCCAGCUACGCUUGUUCGCUGACGGCUCCCAAGCUCGUCUAACCCAUGUGAGAAAUGUGUUCUUGGAGAGGAUAGAUAUGCAUUUAGAUCUUGUCGUGGAAGCCCGCUCGAAUCUCCACAAGGUCAACACGAGAUUAUUUGAGAUUAGGAAAGUGGGCUUUAAAUUGUCCAAUACGUUCAUGGAUAGCGUGGCAAUUAUUCGAAAGCAGACGCAGGGUAUGGACUGCCAUGAACUUAUUCAGACAUGCUUCGUAUUUGCCACCGAGUUCGGGAGAAGGUCACUCUUGUACAUGGACAGCAACCGCCGUCAAAUGAACAAUAUCAAACUUACUAAGCUCGGUUUAGACUGGGUGAGCUUUAUCUGCGAUGAUUGCAAAGUUACAGAUCGCAAAUCAUUCAGAUGGGCAGUGCCCGCUUUGGAAUUUACGAUGAGCAUGACGACAGGUCGACAUAUAUUAGCCUUGGGUGAGGACGAAUACGCCAGACUACGCGCCAAAGUGUCCGGCUGCAUGUCUCUCCUCAUCUCUCACUUUGAUAUUUUGGGUGCGAAAUCGAAUCAGGCAGCGCAGUCGGAGCGGGAACGUAUCGAAGCAAUUGUUGGAAAGUUCCGAAAAUUCGAUAAGAACAGACACAUUGAUGACGAGGAGGCUUCAAGGCUAAUACAGGAUCAGCGCCUGGGAAAGAUUGACGAGAUUGAUAAUAUGCAGAGAGAGGUCGUUGCCGAAAGGCAAGGUCUAGGAAGAGUCUUGGAAGUUUCUAACGAGGUCGAUCGAUCUUUGGCUUACCUAUCUUCGUCUGCUACGAACGUCACGAUAAGGUGGCAACAGGGUCAUUUCGUCGGCGGCGGGACCUUUGGAAGCGUUUACGCUGCUAUGAAUCUUGACAAUGGACAGCUGAUGGCGGUCAAGGAAAUACGGCUUCAAGACCCCAAGUUGAUCCCACAAAUCGUAGGGGCCAUCAGAGAUGAGAUGCGCGUUCUAGAGGUCCUAGACCACCCAAAUGUGGUAUCUUAUUACGGUAUCGAAGUUCAUCGUGACCGCGUGUACAUUUUCAUGGAGUUUUGUUCGGGCGGUUCGCUGGCUGGCCUACUAGAACACGGCCGUAUCGAAGACGAACAGGUCGUCAUGGUGUACGCCUUACAACUUUUGGAGGGUUUAGCUUAUUUGCACCACAGUGGCAUUGCUCAUCGUGAUAUCAAGCCAGAGAAUAUUCUCCUGGAUCACAAUGGCGUUAUCAAAUACGUCGACUUUGGGGCCGCCAAGGUUAUUGCACGUCACGGGCGCACAUUCGCCGGGGCUGCCACCGCGACCAGACCCGACAAGUCAAUGACGGGCACGCCCAUGUAUAUGUCACCUGAAAUCAUCACGGGAAAUAAAGACAAAUCCAUAGCGCAUUCCAAGGAGGAGGAGAAGAGGCUCAUGGGAGCGGUCGAUAUAUGGUCAUUAGGAUGUGUCAUUCUCGAAAUGGUUACAGGGCGACGGCCGUGGUCGAACCUUGACAACGAAUGGGCCAUUAUGUAUAACAUCGCCCAAGGCAACCCUCCACAGCUGCCAGACUCAAGCCAGCUGAGCCCACAGGGCAUCGAUUUCCUCAAGCGCUGCUUUGUCCGAGAGCCGAUAAAGCGAGCAAGUGCAGUAGAGCUUCUCGCUCACGACUGGAUAAUGGCAAUCCGCAAUCAAGUCAUUGAUGAACCUUCAACACCUAGCGAUAGCAGUGGAUCCGCUCAGAACACACCGCACCCUACCUCGGCAGAAAGCAAGACAAGCGCUGGGUUUGACGGGUUUCAUUAG